GCCCCAGGGGGGAGCUCAGCCCUGAGCCAGAAAGGGACUAAUGGUAAAAGAUGGGAGGGCAAAAAACAGGUAAGGAGAGAAUCAAAGCAUAAAGAAUAAAAAGCGGGAGGAAAAAAAAGGACUGGAGAGCCUAGAGAAAGGGCCCAGCACAUUCCCGGGGACCGCAGGCAUGUCCCGAUCUGCCGUUAGAGCCGCCGAUUGCCCGAGGGGGCUGAGUCAGGGCUGGGCGGGGGAGGCGGCGUGAGGCUCAAAACCGCCCCGGUUCCUGCCCCGGGUCCUGCCCCGUCACACCGCUCCGCACCGAGCCCGGCUCCGAGCCCCCCCGAGCCCCCCAGCCAUGCCCACCGAGACCGAGCGCUGCAUCGAGUCCCUGCUGGCCGUUUUCCAGAAGUAUGCAGGGCGGGAAGGGGACAGCUGCACCCUCUCCAAGAGGGAGUUCCUGGCCUUCAUGAACACUGAGCUGGCUGCCUUCACCAAGAACCAGAAGGACCCAGCUGUGGUGGACAGGAUGAUGAAGAAGCUGGAUUUGAACAGCGACGGGCAGCUCGACUUCCAGGAGUUCCUGAACCUGAUCGGGGGGAUCGCCGUGGCCUGUCACAACACCCUGCUCAAAGCCCCCACCCCCUAACCCUGCCCUCUGUGCCUCCCCCACCACCGUGAACAUUCCUCAAAGACCACCCAGCAUUCCUGGAAGAAGCUGGAAAGCAGUGCCCUUCACGUGGGAACCUCCCCAUGCCUCAUUUUUACGUCUUAAAAUAAAAGGGUUGAAAUCCCGA